AUGAAACUACUCGUUUUGGUCUUAGUGUUUGUGUUGGUGGUCGAAGCUGCAGUGGACAAGAAGAAAAGCGAAAAGAAGGAGGCCACUAGUGCGAAGAAGGAAGAUGCAAAGAAGAAAACCGACGCGAAAAAGGAAACGAAUGUGAAAAAGGAGGAUACAAAGAAAAAGGCCGAAACGAAGAAAAGUUCGUUCUCGUUCGUUGGCAAAGACACGUGGGGCGAAGAGUCGUUGAAGAUGUGCUACAAGAAGCAGCCGUUGCCGGAAGACUACAAGUGCUACGUGUACUACUUUAACUACGAGCCAGUUUAUGUAGAUCCACUGAGCACGAAUCCUAUCAUCAUCAUCUAUCGUCGAUUCAUUCCUAAGAAGUUCAUCGACGACUUUUUGUAUGACGUUGAAAGAAAGCAGAAAAGGAAAUCUGAGAAGAAGGACGAUGAAAACUUCAUGGCCGAAUACAUCAGGAAUUUCCAAAGAAGAAUUGCUAACGAAACGACUGUUUCGCACAAAAGCAUGAGCGGAGUAGCGAGAGUGUUUCGCAGAACACAGGCACUCAUCCCUAUGCUCAACUUCUCGAACAGUGGACCAUGGCAGGUGCUAUCGUACAAGAAAGGUGGUCAUCAUUCACCACAUUACGACUACAUAACCUAUUCUUCACCAGACCAGUACAGUCGAACUACACGUAAGAACGGAAAUCGCUUCGUGACAUUUGCACUAACUCUGAAGGCUGCAGAUAUCGGAGGAGAAACUAUAUUCGUAUAUGCGAACCAAACGGCGGAACUAGAGGCAGGCGACGCGUUGCUCUUCACGCUCAUAAACAAAGACAUGACUCCGACAAGUCCAGUAGCAAUUUAUUACCCCAGGGGAGAAGAAGCGCCUGAGUCUCCUGAUUCCGGAGGAAAGCCUGAUACGGUAGAGCCAGAUAGGAAGGGGUUGCAGGAGUCAUAUAGGCCACCGAAACGGAAAAGGACUAGGAUGGUGAUCUGUACUUAUAACGCACGUACGCUUGUAUCGGAAGCGGCCAUCGAAGAUCUGAUGAUGCAAGCCGAGAAGAUCAAGUACGACGUCAUCGGACUGACCGAGACGAGACGACGUCACCCUCUCAACGCCGUAUAA